AUGUCGCGCUGCUUGGUGCGUGGAUCUAUCAACAUCGAUGAAUUUUUUCACGUCCGUGACAUCGUCCGUGCAGGCGAGACUACCUCCUCCACCGGCAUCGAACGACGGGCAGGUGGCAAAGGCGCGAACCAGGCCGUCGCCGUAGCGCGCGCAGGCGGGCCAGUCGAACUUAUCGGUGCGGUGGGGGAGGAUGGGCGCUGGGUGCGCGACCAACUGAAUGAGUUCGGUGUGAACGUGGAUGAGGUGGCAUUCACAGAUGAACCCACUGGCAGGGCCGUCAUACAGUUGGCCGAGAGCGGGGAGAAUUGCAUCAUUCUCUUCAAAGGUGCGAAUUACGCCGACGUGCCGUCUCGGACCACCCUCCACUCCCUCGGCAAGCCCAUCUCUCACCUACUCGUCCAGAACGAGAUCCCCCUCUCCUCCACCCUCUCUUACCUCUCCCUCGCCCAUUCCGAGGGUGUCUCAACUGUAUUCAACCCCUCUCCCAUGCCGACCCCCGCCGAGCUGCGCGCCUUUCCGUGGACGCACGUCUCCUGGCUGCUCCUCAACGAGGGCGAGGCGGCGGACCUGCUCACCGCCCUCGGCGCACCACACGUCACGCCUUUCGAGGAGACAAAGGAGGGGCUGCCCAGCACGCCUUCGUUGUUGACGUCCUACUCCGUCGUAGCCCGCCUGUCUCGUCACCCGGCGUUCUCUCGGUCGGUGAAUAUCGUAUGCACGCUCGGCUCCGCGGGCGUGCUUGCUCUUCUCCCAGCCUUGCUGAAUCCGAUAUACGUACCUGCUGCGAAGCUCGAGGGCUCCGUGAGGGAUACUACAGGAGCCGGCGAUUGCUUCACUGGGUACCUGGUGGCUGAGUUGAUGAGACAGAAACUUGCUACAGGAGUAGAGCUCCAUGAGGCUAAGAUGACUGAAAUACUGAGGAUUGCGGUGCAGGCUGCUGGGAUAUGUGUAGAACGCCGGGGCGCUAUGGAGAGUAUACCUACACGUGCGGAGGUGCUCGAGCGGCUGCAAUCGGAGUCAGUAGAAUGCUAAGGCUAUUGGAAAUUCUGGCAAGCCUGCACCGACUUUGAGGAGACUAUGUCGUGGAAACCAGGUACUGAGAGACGCCGGGCAAGGCAGAGCGGUCCCCUUCCCGCUCCGUUGUCUCCAAUGCAACUCGUAAACUAUGCUAGCCAGGGCAUUGCCGACAUCCCAUCACAGUACAUCCGUAUUCACAAAACUCGAAAUAUUUGCGUUGGCAUUGAUCAUCAAAUACUAGUCGUGGUUUUCUC